UCGUCGGAGGAGCGCUCUCCAUCUAGCCGCGCAUCCUGCUCCAGAGUACCACCGGGAUGACCGGCUGCUGCACCGACAACCUUCACUUCACUUUCACACUCCUUUAACCCUUCAUUCGGACACCAACCGGCCGCCGCGCUACACCCAUGCUUUGCCUUCCUCCUGAGAUGCGAUACCAUUGUACAAUUUCCCGGAGAAUAUCUUCCUCUUCCGUCGCUCCUCGCUGAUAGAGAGCAUGCCCGACGCGGGGACGGCGGCGUCAGGCGCUGCAGCCGCGGCGGCCGCCAGUGGUGCAGCCGCCGCGGGCGAAGGCACCGAGAGCUCCCGGCACCGACACCGAGCGCAGCAGGGAGAAGCGGAGAGGCCGGACCCGGGCGCUGCCCCGUCACAAAGCUCCUCCGGAGUGCUGGAUAAGUUGUUUGGAAAGCGGCUGCUGCAGGCUGGGAGACACAUCAUGUCUCAUAAGUCUUGGAUGAAGACGGUGCCCACGGAGAAUUGUGAUGUCCUCAUGACAUUUGCAGACUCUAUAGAUGACCACACGUUGCUAUGGCUACUGAACCACAUCCGGCUGGGAAUCCCAGAGCUCAUCAUCCAAAUCCGACAUCACAAGCACACGCGAGUCUAUGCGUUCUUCGUCACCGCUACGUAUGAAAAUUUGUUGCGAGGUGCUGAGGAGAUGGGACUGAGGAAAGCUGUGAAGCACGAGUUUGGAGGAGGAACCCGAAACUUUUCCUGUGAGGAGGACUACAUCUACGAGAACAUCGAGAGUGAGCUGUGUUUCUUUACCUCACAAGAGAGGCAGAGCAUCAUUAAAUAUUGGAUGGACAAUUUACGUGCCAAACAUGGGGAGGUGCUGCAUAAUAUCAACUUCCUGGAGGGUCAGCCAAUCAUACCGGAGCUGAGUGCACGAGGUGUGAUCCAGCAGGUGUUUCCUCUUCAUGAGCAGAGGAUCCUCAGUCAGCUGAUGAAGUCCUGGGUCCAGGCUGUUUGUGAGAAACAGCCUUUAGAUGAUAUCUGUGACUAUUUUGGGGUGAAGAUUGCCAUGUAUUUUGCCUGGCUGGGAUUUUACACCACUUCCAUGUUGUAUCCUGCUGUGAUCGGAUUUGUGUUGUGGAUGCUCACUGAGUCUGAUCAGACGAGUCGUGAUAUCUGCUGCGUGGUGUUUGCACUGUUCAACGUGGUGUGGGCCACUCUGUUUCUGGAGCGGUGGAAGAGGAGGGGGGCUGAGCUGGCAUUCAAGUGGGGAACACUGGAUACGCCGUCCGAAUCGCUGGAGGAACCACGGCCUCAGUUCCGGGGAGUCAAGCGCUGCAGUCCCAUAACAGGAUGUGAGGAGUUCUACUAUCCUCCAUGGCGGAGGCGUGUGUUCAGGUGGCUGGUCAGCCUGCCCAUCUGUAUCCUCUGUCUCUGCUUUGUCUUCCUGGUCAUGCUCAUCUGCUUUGAGCUGCAGGAGUUUGUGAUGGGGAUCAAGGAAAUGCCCCGGCUAGCUCGCUUUAUCCCAAAAAUCAUGCUAGCUAUCACUGUGACUGCAUGUGACGAGGUGUACAGGAAAAUCGCCUGCUGGCUCAAUGACAUGGAAAACUAUAGACUCCAGAGUGCCUAUGAGAAAAAUCUCAUCAUCAAAAUGGUUCUUUUUCAGUUUGUAAAUUCUUAUCUCAGCCUUUUUUACAUUGGAUUCUACCUCAAAGACAUGGAGCGCCUGAAAGAGAUGCUGGCCACUCUGCUCAUAAUACGGCAGUUUCUCCAAAAUGUGAAGGAGGUGCUGCAGCCUUACCUGUAUGAGCGCCACAAGCUGGGCGAGCUCACACUGCGAGCGCUGUGGGACCUGCUGAUCUCAGUGCUGCUGAAAUACGCCCGCCUAGCAGCUGGAAAAGCCCAGGUCUCUCCCACCGACCACGCCAUGCCAGGACCUGGACUGAGGGGCACCAGGCCUGGGUUUAGGCAUCUAGAUAGAAGGGAAAAGAAGUGUUUAAAUGGAGGAUGCGGGGUGCCUGAUGAAGAAGAGGGAGGUGAGAAGGACGAGGCCGACAGCGGGAGGUUCAGUGAGGGAGAGACGGAGGAAGAAAAUCUGCUCGACUGCGGUUUGAAGCUGAGGAAAGUCAGCUUCAUAGAGAAGGUGGACAGAAGGCCAGUCUGCAGUGGGCCCCCCAUAGACCACAGUUACAUGGACGAGGGGAGCCCCACUAUGGUGGAGAAAGGAAUGGACCCUUCCUCUGUAUUUGAGAUGUGUGACGAUGACGAUGAUAAUGGCAUCCACGAUGUGAAGGAGUCGGGUGGCAGAGCUAGAGGUGUGGCUGAGAGAAAUAAUGCUGCUGCUGCCAGCGCCGCCCCGCUGCAUUCUGGGUCUGAGAGCAGCACAUCAGUGCGACAUAGAAGAAGAGGCAGGAGCAUAGAGAGACUUGAGCCUAAGACAAAAAGGGAAUCAUGGAUCGACCCCCCUGAAAUGAGAGAGAGCAACACGCUUACUCAGGCUGAAAUGGAGAGCUGCAUGCAGAACUAUUCUGACACCUUUCAGGACUACCAAGAGAUGUUUGUCCAGUUUGGCUACGUGGUGCUCUUCUCAUCGGCUUUCCCUCUGGCUGCCAUGUGCGCUCUCAUCAACAACAUCAUUGAGAUCCGAAGUGAUGCCUUUAAGCUCUGCACCGGUCUGCAGCGGCCGUUUGGACUCAGAGUGGAGAGCAUCGGCCAGUGGCAGACUGUGAUGGAAGCCAUGGGCUUGAUUGCCAUCAUAGUGAACUGUUACUUGAUUGGUCAGUGUGGUCAGCUACAGCGUCUGUUUCCAUGGCUCAGCCCCGAGAUGGCCAUAAUCUCCAUCGUCAUCCUCGAGCACUUUGCCAUCCUCCUGAAGUAUGUCAUCCAUGUGGCCAUCCCUGACAUUCCUACAUGGGUCACAGAAGAGAUGGCUAAACUGGAUUAUCAGCGCAGGGAAGCCUUCAAGAAGCAUGAGCGACAGGCGCAGCAGCAUUACCAGCAGCUGCAGAGGAGGAAGAGGGAGGAGGAGGAGAGGCAAAGGCAGGCAGAACAUAUGGCCCGCAGGGAAAAGGAGAGGGAUGAGAGCAAGGGCGACUCCUCUGGGGAUCACCACCACGAUAAAAGUCACAGCAGUAAAUCACGUUCUGGAGGAGGGUCCGGCAGCGGCUCGGACAAACCCAAGAGGCCCAGCUCUCUGUUGGCCAACAACAACGUGAUGAAGCUGAAACAGAUCAUCCCGCUGCAGAGCAAGUUCUCCUCGAGUGGCGCCCGCUCACCUCAGUCACCCACUGGAACUGAGCCCAAGCUGCCCGGGUUCCUGAGUUUCAAAUUCCUCAAAUCACCUGAGAGUAAGAAGGAAGUCGCCGCUGCUUCUGCCGCUGCAACCACAGCAGCAAAUGCCACAGCAUCAUCUUCAUCAUCAGGUAGCAGCUCUCAGGAGCGUUCUCAGUCACCCAGCAAAGCCUUCAACCCUGGGAAACUGUUUAACUUUGGGAAAUCUGAGGGGGGGACCUGUGUGAACGGGGCUGUGCUGCUCAGACCCGGGGAAGGAUCAUCCUCACAGGCGUCAGACAGACAGCCAUCCAGGUCUGACUUGAACGGUGUUCCAGACGAGAUCCCCUCGCCUGGGGGGGAAGGGUCAGAGAACGGACAUGCAACAGACUUGGACCCGAGCAGCUCUAAAGUCUAGUAGCUCCGGAGAGAACAGACCUGGUCGCUGGUUACAUCUCCACAGCAGAAGUGAUGGGUUCACUGUGAGGAGACGCCUGACCUACCUUCUAUGCUAUCACACACUAUGUGUAGAGGUACUUGAAGCAGAGAGAGGACACAAUGAAACGGAUGAUAGGUGACUUGUUUAGGUUUCCUUUUUUGAGGAGGAAAAAAAGACAGGCUUUAUAGAAAGACAUAAGCCCUCUUAUCAUGAUUAAAUAAACACACACAAACACACACACCCUACACAGACAUACAAAUCCUUCCUUGUCUGCAAUACAUAAAGAAAUGCAUGUGCUGCGUUUCUAAUAUUUUUAAGCCUUUAAAGCGAGGAGCUGUGUUUCUUGAUUUCUUCUAGUCAUGAAUUGUAAGGAUCUCGUUGACCUCUCACUAGGACAUAAUAGCCCGUUGAAGGAAAAAAGAUAUAAAAAUAUCAACAGUGGUACGAAAGGAUUACAGAUUGUACUUCAAAUAACUUCUGAGAGUGUUUGUAGCCGUCACAACACAAGUGACCAUUAGCUUUUGUCUGAUUUUUAACUGUGAGGAAUUCUUGGGCCCUUCACUUUUAUAUUGAAGUGAAAAAAAUGGAAAAGCAAUAUUGGUCAGUUAUAAAUAUUAUCAUCAAUUAUCACGCGACUCCUCCAUUAAUUACAUCCCUGAUGCAUCACCAGCUUUAUUUUCAAAGCAGAGGUGAUGUCUGAGCUCUGAACAUUUCUUCCCAUCCUGUGACAGUGAGCUGAUUUUUUCAUAAAAAGAAAAAACUUUGUCAAUCUGUCACAUUCCAGUAUUUUACCAUGAGACCAUUGGGAAAAGAGAAAAAAAGCAAAAAAAGAAUGUGCAAAAUGGCUGUUGAGGGCUGUUCUCCAUCCAAGCCCAUGGAGAGUGUUGUAAACACAGAUGGGGCUCCAUUGCAAUCAGUCUACCCCAAACUUGGCUAGCGAGCGUAGAGGUAAAUAAGUCACUUUUGCACUGAACCUGCAUUAAAACAACUCGUUCUGCAGGAGAGAGGACUGACACCAGCCUGCCUCAUAACAUUAUGCAAAAGCUGGAUUUUUUUUAAAUUCCUCCUUUCACACGGUACAUGUUAUCUAAAUCACCUGGCCCUGGUUUUUUUCUACAGAUGUUAAUAUUAUUUAUGUUGAGCUCCAUAUCUCUUUUUAUACACACCAUUUGCUGGAUUCUUUCAGCAUUGCAGUGCUGACGAUGGGAGUUUUUAUUUUUGAACAAAGGCGGUAUUUUUCAGUCUAUACUGUUAACCCAAGCUGUAUGCGUGCUGUAUGUUCUGUUAAACAUGUACUUCAACACUGUUCCAUCAUCUACCAUUAACAGGUAUUUCACUUCUGCUGGGUCAACAGAAGGUGGCGCCAGAGCUUAUUUGUAUAGCAACAUUUUUUUGUUAGGCAGCUUCUGAUGUACUAUUGAACCCUAACACCAGUGUCUAGUCAUCAGUAUACAUCGGUCAACAACAUUAGGCUGCAGAUUAGGGAAGUCUUUGCAAGGAAGAUGUAUCAUGGUUACAUUUGAUUAGGUACGCACUGAUACACGUUUAGAGGCCAUCAGACUCUAGGUUGAGACAGAAACAUUAACUAUGCAUUUCCACACCAUCACCUCUGGCUAGGAUUUUGGCAAUAACACUGAGUUGUAAGAGACUUACUUGUACUCCAAGUCUAGACUCCCUCACCUGCAGCACAUAUCCUGCAGCACUCAUCCUCUACCAGACUCUAUGCAUUAUUUCUUUCUGUCCCUGCAAUGUCCACUGUCAACUCUCUCAGUUUUGCUCUUUCUCAGAUUUUAUAAGAAAUCUUCCAUGACUCAAAAUGAGGUAAUAAGCAUAAUCUCAUCCUUCGUUUUCAGUAUCUGUCUAGUCUAGGAGCAAAGUUGACAUUGAGCAUCAAACAGUUUGUGUAUAUUUUUAUGUUGAUGCUUUUCAUGCGUCUGUAAUUUCUCGAGGAGUAUAGUCCAGCUUUAAGUCAAAUGCCUAAAGAAAACACAAAAAGUACUUCCACAUAGCUUACUGACUUGCAAUGCAAUAAGGAAAUAGAAAGGGCAUCCAUUUUGUGUUCACAGUAUCACUUCACUGUCAAUCUACAGCAUGUUCCUUUUUUAUAUUUGGAAGUCAUGGCUCAUUAUAGAUGUAACAUGAGAGGUGCAAGGCUGAGAGAUAUGAUAUCUUCUAUCAAAGACAGGCUGGUCAUUGUUAAAGGGACGCAUGGGAGAGAACAGGAUGGGGUAGUAGUCUCAUCCAAACCUUUAUUCCUGCAGCAUUUGGAUUUCAGGGCUGAGUGACAUUAUGAUGCAGUAGAGUCCAUUUAUUGUUGUUUCAAAGUUUGUGAACUUCUGUAUUGAAAAUAAGAAGACAAUUUAUAAGCAGAGGUGACUCAAAUGAGAAAGCGGAGAAAAGAGCAACAGUUUAGGUCCUUCCUCGAUGUUUGUAGUUCCUCCUUAUUCAGGGAAAUCUUACAAUUCAACUUCAUACACUACAUACUUCCUCCAGGUCGGUUAAUGCUAUCUAUUCAUAUCUGAUUUCACCUUUGCAUUCUUAACAGCAGCAACUGCAAAUUGUUAACAUGGAGGUUCUUAAAUACGCAUUGAAAGCUUGACAGACAGCACUGGGCCAAGCACAGGCUUCUCUUACAUAAAGACACUAGCUCAGACAGGCCAAACUUAUAAACUGUCUGUAAUUCACUUUCAAUGCAACAGCGUUUUUUGUAGGAUUUCGGUUUAUGUAGACAGUCUAAUGUGAAACCAGUAGGAAAAGACUGAAUGUAGUCAUUGUACUUCUUGUGCUUGGGAACGGAUGGGUUUCUCAUUAAAAACAUUAAAAACCUGACCCGAACAUCUUCAUGAAAGCCUCACUUACUGAACACCGUUUAUUCUUCCAAUGAACCACUGUAAAAUAAAUAUCUUUUAAGAAAAAUACUGGGAAAUGGGAUUAUUUAUUUCUUUUAAUUUAUUUUGUCAUAUUUUUGUAAGACCUGAACAAUAGUUAAUAAAACUAUUUCAAAUGCA